CAGACGCUUUGUGGAUCAUUCAGAUUAUUUACAAUGGAGCAGAUUGUAACAGAUUUUCAUUGACUGCAAACAAAACGCUCUGAUCGAGAGGCAGGAUGGAAUGGCAGGGGGACCUUCCACAGGAUCAUGCCUUUGUAGAGCUCCUGCUUCCUGGGCUUCCCAGCGAGCUGGAUAUCCAACAGCUGCUCCGAGACACCGAGGACAAACUCAAACUCAAUGCCUGCAGUAUAGAACAGAGUCUGAAGGAACUGCAGGGGAAGAUGGGUGAGUCCUGGACGGGGGAGCGUCCACCCAGCCCAACGGAAUGUCUGCAGUGGUUUAACCCACGGAACCCCAGCACUGUCAGGCCUGUCGCCACAGGAAGCCAGGAGCUUCUGGACUUCCUGAAAGCUCUGCUCCAGUACCUUAGGACCGAGGAGGAGGGGCGAGAGGACGUGACCCUCCAGCUGCUCCACAACAUCUCCUCCCAGUGUGGCGUGUCCUUCCCCAACACCACCCCCUCGCCCACCUCCCAGCAGCCCGGCCCCUCGUCACACACCUCGGUCCACACGGUCAGGGACGACAGUGCUCUGGAGAGCCAUGAGGUGUGGGACGAGGUAAGGCUCCGGCUGUGGCGCCACCUGCUGGACAGACUUUCCUGUCCCCUCCCCGUCCCUCAGCGCAUCUACUGUCUGCAGCAGCUGUUCUUCCUCUACCCAGAGUGGGAGGUGCUGACGCGCUACCAGGGCCUGAGGAGCCAGGCUGUCCUGUCUCUGCUCCACUCUGCCCUGGCCUCCAGCCCCGGUGGGAAGGAGACGGGCUUCGACAGGCUGGCCCUGGGGCUCCGUGCUGCCGCCCCGGCCCUGUGCUCGGCCCUCAGGGAGGAGCUCCAGGUUCUCAAUGGGGUGGCCAAGCCCCACACCAUUCUGGGUUUCCUGAAUGCUGCCUACCUGAACACUGUGUCCCAGGAGCUGGGCGCCAUGAUGGAGAGAGAGUGUGAGAACGCCCUAAAGGACAACACUACGCCGAGCGGCGGCAAGGGGAGGAAAAGCUCGGCCAGGACCAAGGCGACUGUAGCGCCUCUGGAGCUGCCCCCCAGGAGAGGCAGGAACUUCAGCCUAACAUCUCACCAGCUGAGGGUCCUGACCCAGCUAGCCUGCACUCUGCUGGGUCUGGAGAGCCAAGUGGACGAGCUGGCCACUGAACUGGCAUUCAUCAACUGUGCUGGGGAGACUCCCUGCAGUGUGAGAGGAAUAUUGAAAAAGACCAAAGACGACUUGGAUAUGACCACUGUGGAUGGUAGCAAGACCACGGCAGAGACUCUCUUCCAGAGUCCGGAGGCCAUUGUUCUGGAGUUUGAUUGGAGGGCUGCGUUCAGGAAGCUGGUGCCCCAUAUGGCUCACUGUGUCAAGGUGGUGCUGGAGGAUGUGUGCACCAAGAGUCUGCAGCAGGAGGAGCUGUCACACACAUCUGGCUCCGCCCACAUGGUCCUGACUAACACACCCCACAGAGAUGACUCCUCCCUCACCUGCCCAGAGAGGGACCGCCCCAAGAUGGUCGCCAAGUUCUGUGGCGACAUCAUGGGGGAGUGUGAUGCCCUCCUGCCCCUGGCGGAGGCGUGUGGAGAUGCCGCCCUCCUGGAGGUGCGCUGCAGCUUCGUGGAGGUGUGUGCCUGGGUCACGUCUGCCAUCCUGGGCCGUGUGGAGGAACGGGCAGGGGAGGUGCCCUCUGCCGCCCCCUUGAAGAACCUGAUUGCUCUGCUGGGCACCAGUAUGUACAUCCACCAACGGCUGUGUCACUACGAGGCCCAACUCGGAGAGACUAACACCACCGCAGCCAGAGUCCCCAUGACACUGCUGCCCAUCCAGAGGUACCAGGAUGUGACGGAGCGCCUGAGAGAGCAGCUGGCCAGCUACUGUGUCCAGGUGUGCACCAGCACUAUCCUGCAAGACGCAGAGAGCCACCACUGGGCUGACCCCAAACCCUUCUACGAGGGUGAUAGGUGUUCAUUCUCAGUGCAGAUGUGGCACUACUUCCUGACUGGGCUGCGUACUGACCUGUGGUUGGCUGUGCCGGGCUCUGUGGGGCGGGACGUGCUGGCUCAGGUGACCAGUGAGAGUCUGCAGGUUCUGGUGCAGAGGUACUCCAGGGCACGGCCCUCAUACAAGAGGCACCUGCAGAUCAGGUGUGACAUCACGACGGUGCUGCUGUGUGUGGAGCAGCUCAUGUGGAGUGUGUGUGAGCGGCCCGAGGCGCUGGCGCAGUCAGAGCCAUCGGUGGCGGGCUGCGUCUGGGUCGCCUCAAUCCACAGCCUGUGUGACCAGCUCCUGACCACGCUGGUCAUCGUGACCGCACCCCUGCCUCAGCUCUACUGGACUUUCCAGUACAGGCCUGGAGAGGGCUCUGCGCCAGCUCUGGCCCAUUCCCCAGGCAGCCCUGGCAUACACUGGCUCAGUGCCAUCCACCCUGGCCUGUUCACCCAGCAGGCAGCACGGGAGGGCCUGGCGGGCGAAGCAGCCUCCGAGUGCCAGCUGAGGCUGCUGACCUCUGACCCAAGAUGCAGUCCCAGAUUGCUGCUGACCGCCAUCCUGCACAGAGACUGUCACCUGCUGCGUGUCCUCCUGGAACACUCCCAUUUCUGCAUGGAGGAGGAGGCAGAUGCUGAUGCUGUGUCUCCUGUGAAGAGCGAUGCUGGAGAUGAGUUUAUGGAGGCUAUGUGCAACGUGCUCAGCUCUCUGAACAAUUUCCCCAAAGCCCUGACUCUGGCCCUGGAGACUUACUUUGACAGAGGACACUUAUGGGACUAUCUAUACAGCCUGGCAGAUUCAGUGCGGCCUGUCCCCGUGGUGAUCAGCUUUAUCCGGACAGUGGUCAACCAGCCUGUCCACUGCCUUCUGGGCCAUCUGGUCACCAUGGUACUGGCUUGGCAGGCCUCUGAGGAGCCCUGUUCCCCCCUGCUCAGACGGGACGUCCCAGACAACAUCCUCACUAAAGUCCCCAAGGAGUGGAGCUAUAGCCUUCAGACUCCCAAGGGGAGGGAAUCAGCUAAGAGUGUGGUGAAUCUGGUACUCCAGGCUCUCUCCUUCAUCUACACUAACCUGCCCUCGGCCGUGGCUUCCCUCCCCCUGCCAGUACGCUUCCUCUUCCACACCGCAGAGAAACACCUUUCCCAGCAUGCUCGGCAGCUGCGCCCCACAGGCCUUCUCCUCUGGGCCCUCCUUAGCUGUCUCUGCCAGUGCCUGGAGGACCCCAACUCACUGGAGCUGCUGUGCGGCUUGCCUUUGGACCGGGGAGCCAAGGAGAGACUGGCCCUGCUGUCAGAGUGCCUCCAGGGGACCAUGGGCCAGGGCCAGCAGAAGGGUGUGCCCAAGCCCACUGUGCACAAGGUACUGCAGGCUCUGGAGGAGAGGAGGCCCAAGUGGUGCUCCAUGCAGCUGCAGAAGGCCCGCAAGCUCUGCUCCGAGAGGCAGCCGAGGGAGACUGGGCCUGGGACUGGGCCACACUGCUGCCAACUUACCAAGGGAUGAGUCAGGUGACCUUGAGAGCACUACUGGCCAACAGGUGGGAGAUGCAGGAUGGUGCAGUUCUGGAAGAUGAAGAGAAGCCUCUGGUGGAGGAGCUGCAGAAAGCCUACUUCAACCAGAGCCCUGGAUCCCAAGGCCCCCCCGGAGUCACCCAGGCAGCCCAGGAUGAACAGCAUGCAGCAGCAAACAUCAUCAAUUAAAUCUGCUGCACUCUUUCCUCCAAAAGCCCUUUGUGUUAAACGAGAAACAUUGCAACGUCUGUGCAGUACAGCGAAGGGAGAAGCUGUGUGUGUGCGUGUGUGCGUGUGCGUGUGCGUGUGUGUGUGCGUGUGCGUGUGUGUGUGUGUGUGUGUGUGUGCACAUGCGUGGGGGGAUUGGGUACGUUACUAAAUGUUAUCAGUUACCUGUCCAAAGUUGUAAUCAGUAACGCAACUUUUGGAUUACCCAAACUCAGUAACGUAAUCUGAUUACUUUCAGUUGCUUUUGGAUUACUUUCCAUGUAACCCUUUACACUCAUACCCGUAUAGGGAGUGACAAUUGCAGAUUUUUAACAAGUGCCUAAAUUGGAAUGUAAUGGCUGUACAGUAACAUGCUAUACAUGAUGUCAGAGCUCUGGAUCUGGCGCGGUAUGGGGUUUGACUAACAGCUGUUCUGAAUUUAAGCGUCACGCAUGACAAGAAGUUUUCCCCCAUCCCUCCCAGUAAUUGGGUACAAUUUGCAAAGUUUUUGUUGUCUGAGUGAGGGAAAUGCUGUACAUUAAAAUGACUCGAUGUAUUUUGAAAGAUGAGACGUUGAGGAUUAGAAUAAAUACCACUUUGAUGUCAUACAAGCACCUCACAUUUCCAAAUCCCGAUCCCCAUGUUUGAUGUACAGUUACCAGAUGACAUGGCGUCACACCCUGGGUUGUUCUGAACAGAAUGAGCCUAUGUUUGUUUAUUGUGAAGGACAUUUGCCGCGGAACACGCACCUAAAAUGCCCUCAUGACUCCUUUUUAUGCACACCAACAUUACGAUAUUUUUCUCUGAAUUACCCUGUGAAAGCCUAACACUGUAAUAUCGUAUUUUAUAACUUAGCUAGUCAUGUUGGCAAUAGAACAAAAGUAAAUGCAGGCAGAUCACCCGUGAUACAAGUCAGUAUUCGACUUCCAUCCAUGUCUGAGGACAUCGGCAGAUGACGUGGAAACCGGCCACUAGGCGCAACAGUGAGUGCUAUUACCUUCAAGUAGGUGUUGUGGACAGGGAUGAUGGAUGGGUGUAAGCAUCUGCCUCUGCUUCGAAAGGUUGCAUGUUUGAAUCCAACGAUAACCCUAACCCUAAAAGGUUUGUUUUAAGCCUAUCCCAAACAUUAACCCUUACCUUAACCAUUCUGAGUUAAUGCCUAACCUUAAGAAUUCAGAUUAAUACCUAAACUUAACCUUGGAACGAUACAGAGAAGUCACCAAAACACUUUGAAAUGUUAUGUUUGAGAAACAUGGAUGAACGUUUGAUUCUGACGUGAGACUGUGAGAGCUUGUUGGUAAUUGUGUGACGGCGGAGAUGCAGGGUUGGGUUCGAAAUGAAACUCUAGUUCCUCAACGGCACAGCUAGGAGAGUGAAUAAAUAUAUAACGUAUAGUUGAAGAUUCUUCUUUGAGUCUAAAAGUGCAUUGAAAUUGCUUAGGGAAUUGUACACACUUUGGAGAGGUGUGUGGCCACUUGGAGACAUCAGUUAGUCCUCUCACUCAAACCUUUGUAAUGUUUUUAUCUUAUGUUGCACCUACCCCACAUUUUCCAGGAAUAUUCUUAUUACCGAAUGUAUCCAGAGUAUUUUCAGAUUUCGUUAUCAACAAAUGCAACAAAAUAAAGUAAAAUGUAAAAUGUACAUAAAAUCAAGUGUAAUAUUUUGAUUCAAUCUUGUGUCAGGUGAACUUUGGUCUAAUAAUUUCCCCAUAAUAUCCUAAACUGUACCUUUUCAAUUGCUACCAUGCCGAUGCGUAGUAUGUUUUUCAUAUUUCUUCUGUAAGUAACAUUUCAGUAUAGCCCAAUCCAUGUUAGUCAAUUCCCAUGAGUGCGAAGGGUUUUAAGAGGCAUUAGAAGAAGACAAAAAGGAUCCAUCAAAUGCAUUUGGUGUGCCAUCGUAGUGACCUCUGACUUGUGGUCAGACUCCCUCAGGUGGAUCAAACUUAAUCUUGUGUAUUUUUUUCAAUGCUGAGUUGAAUGUCAUUGAGAAAAGAGAAAGUGUCAUUAGGUAUUUUCUGAAUUUAAAAGUAAUCCGAGAAGUAAUCAUGUCGUUUUUCAAAAGUAUCUGUAAUCUGAUUACAAAAAUGUUUUGGUAACGUUACUGAUUGCAGUUAAUAAAAAAUAAAAAAAAAGACAUGUAACCGAUUGCAUGUAAUCGGUUACUUUCAAACCCUGGGUGUGUGCUCCCCUGUGUGUGUGCAUGUGUGUGUGUGGGCUUGCCUGCGUGUGUGUGUACUUGCAUGAAUGAUUUCAUGUAUGUGUACCGAGAGAUACACUCUUCUCCUUGUUUGUUAUCACUGGGAUUUCAUAUUUUUGGUGCACAUCCACGGGACAGGUUUCUGGAUUGGAGGCAGAGUUUGUUUGCUUGAGAAUAUGUUUAUCCAGGGACUAUGUGAUCACUGAAGUUGAAGAAGCUUGUGUAAAGGCAUUGGUGUCAGCAUAUUUCUUUCCCAGUUCCCCAAAAAAGUAACUUCAAAUCCCCCGAUUUAGAGGAAAAGAUGGGUUAUGAUUACACAAGGUCACCAGAAUGUGUCCCACCAUAUAACAUCAGUCAGACAUUUGUGCGCUGAGAGCGUAGUUUGUUAUUUGUGAUUUGUGAUACUUUUUGUUUCCAGGUUUUCUGUAUUUUCUUAUUCAUGAGAUGAGACAGAAUCUACCAGAAUUAAACAUGAAAAUAAUAAAUAA